AACAGGAACAGGCCAACGUAGUGACGACUGACGCGCUUUCACAUCUCUACUAGAAAUUAAGACCCCCUUUUUAUCUCUAUUAGAAGUUUAGAUCCUUUACCUUCUCCCAUAAGCAAACACUUUAAAGCUGAUUUUUAAUACGUAAUAUACGCGUAUGUAAGGUCGAUAAAACCCCCAAAAACUCAUUCAUAUAUAUAGAUAUACAUAAACAACUCUCUCUCCCUCACUCUUCAAAUAAAAGUUGUCCCUCUCUUCUUCAGAGAGUCUGAUUGUGAUCUAAAAGAAGAAGAAUUGGAUUUGAUCAUGUCGAUGCUCGAUUCCUUUUUUAGCAAGGGCUUCAAAGCUGCCAAAUGUAAAACACUUCUGAAAUUGACGAUUCCGAGGAUAAAGUUGCUGAGGAACAGGAGAGAGAUUCAGAUAAGACAGAUGCGCCGUGACAUUGCCAAGCUUCUUGAAACCGGUCAAGAAGCCACUGCUCGCAUUCGGGUAGAGCAUAUUAUUAGAGAAGAGAAUAUGAUGGCUGCUCAGGAGAUCCUCGAGCUCUUUUCUGAGCUUAUUUCCGUCCGCCUUCCCAUUAUUGAAUCUCAAAGGGAAUGUCCUCUAGAUUUGAAGGAAGCAAUAUCCAGUGUGUGCUUUGCAGCACCAAGAUGUGCUGAUCUACCAGAGUUGCUGCAGGUUCAAAUGCUAUUUGCAUCCAAAUAUGGGAAGGAAUUUGUGGCAGCUGCAACAGAGCUCAUGCCAGAUUGCGGUGUUAAUCGUCAGUUAAUAGAACUGCUAUCCGUUCGUGCACCUUCACCUGAAAAGAAACUAAAGCUUCUGAAAGAAAUAGCUGAAGAGCAUGAGUUAGAUUGGGAUCCUGCUGCCUCUGAAACUGAGUUUUUAAAACCACAUGAAGAUUUAUUGAAUGGCCCAACACAGUUUGUAAGUGGGUCUACAAUGCCCCUUCCUGAUGAAAAACACGAUGAAACAUUGUACUCUUCCCCUGAACAACCGCACAAAGAACAGCCAGAUUCUGAUUCCAGCUUUGAUCCAUUAGAUUUUCCUGAAGUUCCUAAGGUAUCAUUACAGCCAAGUGCAAAUGUUGCGUCUGCACCAGCCGUGUUCCCAUCUUUACAAACUACUUCACACCCCAAUAUGGAUCACGAAUCAUCAAAAAGUAUUGGAGGAAUUGAAAAUCCAUCACAUGGACAACACUUGGAAACUGAGGAAGUGAUGCAAGAAAGAUCAGUGGCUAACAAAGAUGAACAACCUAGUGUUCCAGUUGGUGGUAUGGAAGAUAGACAAUUUGUGCCAUUCACCUCUGCUCCAUCACUAUCUUCUGCAUCAUUUUCUGUGACACAAAGUAAAUCACCAACACCACUCUCAAGAGCAAAAAGUGAGGCCAACGUGGAUUUGCAGGAUGUCUUGGCUGCUGCUCAGGCUGCUGCAGAGAGUGCUGAACGUGCAGCAGCUGCAGCUCGCUCAGCAGCAAGUCUGGCACAGAUCAGAAUUAGUGAGCUUACCAAUAAAAAUAGUGACAGUGUCCCUGAAAAUAGCUGUGAGAACGUGUUUUGUAACGAUAUUCCUCACCAGUCAGCCAAUGAAGAAAGGACUCAUUUUGAUCAUCAUAACUCAUUUGGCAAUUCUGAUGUUGGUUUAAAUUCUCUGGAUGCCCAUCAGGGUCAUGAAGACUCCCUGAGAUCAGAGGCAUCAAGUCUUCCUUCUCUUGACACGCUCAAAGCUGAGUUUGAUUCCUCUCUUCCAAAUGAUAAUGGUUUUGAAAAUGAGCUUGGUCAGCACCAGCCCCAGAGAUCGACUUCAAUGGAUGAUGAUCCAUACUUCUCAUACCCAAACUUGUUUACGACAUCACAGAAUCCAAAUCUUGGAUCAGCUGCUCAUUCUUCCAUAGAUAACUCCCGAUCCACCCAUUAGCUCUAAGUUGAAUUAUAUACCUGUAAGGCCUUUGUUCAUCUUUGUUUCAUGGUCAUACUGGUGAGUGGAUGUUAUGGUAUGAGGUAUCGUAGAACUUUUAAUUGUGGUUUUACUUUUAAUUGUAAAGAGUGCAGUUAUUAGAUGUUUAUAGGAGUGUAAUCUACAUUAAAGGGCUCCCUUUGUGUUUAUAUGAACUGUGGUAGGAUCAAGAAUAUGGAACUGCCUUUGUGGUUGAAAAACCAUUCUUGAUAGUUGAUGCUACAGUAUAUUGGCAAGCCAAAAGGAUCGUUGAGUGUACAACUAUGUAUUGCUUUUUGAUGAAUAACCAAGUAUUGCUUUUGUUUGUUGUUGCCAACAAACAUUUAUUGCUAUUA